AUGAAGGCCGGCCAACUGGCCUGGCACCUCUCAGGGCUGCUGGUUCGGUAUCUGAGCGAUCGGGCGCUGUUCUGCGGCGUGCGAUCUCUCGCACUGCUGCAGACGUACACCAGCGGCGCGUGGACAUUCACUCGGACCAUCCCCGUGUACCCCCCGGACACGGCGAUCACGAACGGCGACCAAGCCGCGACCCUGCCCAUCACGGGCCCCGGGGCCGCCCAGCCGCCGGACGCCAGCCUCCCCCGCAUCAACAGCCUCCUGGACCUCAUGACGCCCGAUGACAUCAGCGGGCUCCAGACGGAGGACGUGGUGGACUGCUACUUCUCACCUGAAACGGGAACGGGCGCCACCAGCGUCGUCAUCGCGCCAGCCAAUGGGGGCGUGCCGAUGAUCCUCCUGACAACAGACAACGUGAAGAUCAUGUACGUCCAGGGUGACGACGUGCUGGCGCACCCUGCCGCAUUCAACCCGGCUGCCGCCUGCUGGCGCCGCAUGUCCAAGGCGGAGUGCUGUUACGCCUACGCGCCAUGGAUCGACCUCGCCAGGCACCUCGCCGGCCGCCUGCCGCUGCCCCCGGGCCAAGAUCUGGCGCUGCCCACCGGGGUUCUGGUGAUCUCCAAGUCGGGCCCUGGCAAGGGGGCGCUGAAGCGCAGCUUGGAAGUCGAGUACCGGCCCGCCGGCCGCCAGGCUGGCCCCAGGCACGGCGGCAGCGCGCGGCGGGCGCUGGCCGGGCACUACCGGACAGCGGCGGAGACGCUGCUGGCGGCGCACGCGGCGCGCGGCCAGCUGAUGGGGCUCGCCUGCGGCCUGCUGGACCGCCCGUUUUUUUCCAGCGAUGAGAUUGCGCGCGAGGCGCGGGCUUAG